AUGACAAGCACCAACAAACUAGAAAAACAGAUUCUAACUCGAUGCUACGACUCGCAGGCUGAAAUAUUGGCGAUUUUGGAAUCGAGGUACUCAACCACGGGCACUCAAAAACCUCACAUCUUCUUCAAAAAGACAAGCACCACCAAUACCACUCCCUCCACCCUCAAACAGACAACCACAACCAUUAAGAGGCAAGAUGUAUCGAGCCAGCGUCGAAAGACAACACGCACAGAAGUCAAAUCCUACAUCACCGCAACCCUCAAAUCCCAACGCAAACUAAUCAAAAAGAUCCAAGCGAACCGCAAUUUAGCGGUAGAAGAGUACUUGCACCGCUACAACAUCCCCAAAUUCGAGCAUUUUCUCGAGAUGAACCACCUCUGGCACCAAUACAUGCAGAGCCUCCUCCUGCUUUCCAGUAGUGGUGCAUCAUCGUCGUUGUCCAUCCCGUCCCAAUCGAUCUUGCCCAAGUUGGCCAGCGCCGAUUUCAACGGGUGUCUAGUCUCGGUGAUCCAGUCGCGCAAUACCAAUCUCGUGGGCAUACGCGGUAUUGUAGUAUGGGACGCGCAGCAUAGCUUUAUCUUGGUGUGUCCGCGCGGUGAAGAGUCGAGGGAGUGGAAUGCUGGUGUGGCGAGAGGCGACAUUAGUGCCGGUGAUAUCGUUGGUGGGCUUAAGAUUGUACCCAAGAAGCAUACAUUAUUUGCAUUCGAUGUCGUCUUGCCCUGCGAUGAUGGUGCUGGAGACGGAGACGGGGUUGGUGACGGGGAGGUGGAGAGCCUAGGCUUUACUAUACUUGGAUCGAGAUUCGAACUUCGGAGCGUGGAUCGCGCCGCUCGAAAGUUCAAGAACCAUGCCGUGGAUGAUAUUCUAUAA